AUGAAGAAUCUUUCUGCUCAAAAUAUUUUAUUCACAGACUUCAAACUGAAUGGUUUCUACAGUCUAGGGGAAUGGAGGCCUUUUUUAUUUAUCCCCUUCUUUUUGAUGUUUUUAUUGUCCAUCACUGCAAAUUCUAUUCUUUUAUAUUUAAUCAUAGGUCAAAAGUCUCUGCAUUCUCCCAUGUAUGUACUAAUAGGUUUAAUGGCUGUUGUAGACUUAAUCUUACCUAUAUUUUUUGUACCCAACAUGCUUGUUAGCUUUCUAUUCAACUGGGGUGGGAUAUCCCUAGUUGGUUGUUUGAUACAAAUGUUUUGCAUUCAUUAUGUUGGUGCAUUUCAGUCUACUUUGCCUUUGUGGAUGGCACUGGAUCGUUACUUUGCAAUAUGUAAACCUCUUUACUAUCAUAAAUACAUGGCAAUCCCUAGCUUUCUUAAGUUUGUUGUUGUCCCACUAAUCAGAAAUGGACUCCUGAAUAUCAGUAUGGUCUCUAUGGCUGGAAAACUAACAUUCUGUGUAACAAAUGUUAUUGAUCACUGUUUUUGUGAACACAUGGCAUUGGUUCAGUUAGCAUGUGGAGAUAUAUCUAUUAAUAACUUAGUAGGACUUUUGACAGCUUUGCUGAUACCAACUUUUGACUUUAUUCUUGUUACUGGUUCCUAUGUUGUGAUUUUUGUCUCUGUGUUUAAAUCUGGCAAGGGCCAAAUGAAGGCCAUAAACACUUGCAUUACUCACAUCAUUGUCAUGACAAGUGGUUUGAGUUUUGCCCUGAUUGCAUUCAUGUCAUACAGAAUAAGAAAUAAUUUUUCUACUAACAGCCGUGUGUUUGUGAGCACAAUGUAUUUACUUUUCCCAAGUUGUUUUAACCCGAUUGUUUAUGGAGUGAGAACAAAGGAAAUAAGACAAAAGUUUCUUCAGCUUGUAAGUGAAGUAAAGAUCUUUCCUUUGUAAACAAAUCAGUUUGAAAUAUGAUCAACAAUAUGCUGAAACUGUAGCAUUUAAGUAAGGAUAUAUCAUUUUGUUAAAGUUUUAGGUUAAUUAUAAAAAUUGCAAGAGUUGUGAAUUGUGUCAACUGUACAUUUCACUCAGAUGGACAUAUUUUUUAUCGUAAUUUAGAUGCCAUAGCUACACAAAAUAACACCUAAAUAAGGAAGUGUAGUUGAAAUGGCAACUCUCAUGAAUAAUUACACAAACAAGGUCUUUAACCUACAAGCAAACACGCCAAAGAACACUGAGAAACUUCAGCAAAACUAUGCAUAUAGACAGGAACUGACAAAUUCAGGCUUUAAAUAGUGAGACACCAGCCAAACCAAAUGAUGAACACAUGAACAGAAUGAAUCAAACAAUGAAUAACCAUGGUAACAGAACAGAAGAACAGAACCAAUAGACCAAUAAGGCAAUCCGACCAAUCAUUAAAUGUCAAAUUGCCUACUUGUCGACAAACAAAUCAGACAGGAGUAUAGUUUAUCAUUGAUGGACUUAAACUUGAAAACUGGUGUGUAUUGACG